UGCAAUGCUCCUUUAUCGGAAGCAACUUUUGACGCGGCUGCAUCUUGGGCCUAUCGGCUAUUGCCGCUAUUUCGCAAGUAACAAGCGUCUUAAAACCAUGUGCGAAGCGGCUUCUCCGGCGGAUCAGCGGAAUGUGGAGGUAAAGGCACGGAUUCCGGGCGGAUCCGAAGUCUUCAAGGAGCGCCUGAUCUUGGCCAAAACCCUAGGCGGAGGCCAAGAUGCGGAGUUGAUCGAGCAGCGGGACGUGUUCUUCGAAUCUCCGCUGGGUGGACGCCUCAAGUUGCGCUAUCUACAGGCGCCAUCUCGCUCCCAGUUGGUCUUCUACGAUCGCCCGGAUGUGGCGGGUCCCAAGCUCUCCAAGUUCAACAAGACAGAGGUGGAUGAACCGGAGGUGCUCGAGAAGAUCCUCCGCCAGUCAAACGGAGUCCUCGGCGUCCUCGCAAAGCGGCGGCAUUUAUUUCUUCACGGACAAACGCGCAUCCACCUGGACGAGGUGAAGGAUCUGGGUCACUUCAUGGAGCUGGAGGUGUGCCUGCGACCGGAACAGACCCUCGAGGAGGGUCAAGCCAUUGCCGAGAAGCUGUCCAAGGAGCUGGGCAUCCAGGAGCAGGACCUCAUGACCGGCUCCUACUUCGAUGCCCUGCGGAAGGUCCAUCCAUAAUCUAUAUCAAAAUGGAUAGAUAGCCUAUAUAAAGUAAUAAAUCCUUAGCCAAAAGAAAUACCUUGUAAAAUACAACUGCCAACUCAUUGUUACACAAAUAAUGUUUUGAGAUAAUGGCACACUAUAAUAGUAAUCUAUUUAGUCUCAGCGAUACAACCAAAGUACCCCACCACUCUCCAGUCUUUUCGAGCAAAUUCAUAGCCAUUCACAAUCCUUUAAAACUGCGAUCAAAACCCCAGGCAAACACAUCUGUACAGACUCCCUCUCCGCAUUUAAAUCCCAUUUUGAACCAACUCGCAGCAACAUUAUAAUCAACUCCCAAACACAAAAAAAAUCCUCACUUUCCUGAACAAAAAAAAAAUUAUCCCAUAGAAUUAAAAAUCUUAACCCUUGUUA